AUGGCGACAAAUUGGGCGAAGGCAGUGAUCAGAAGGGAGAAAAGGAGGGCGGAAAGGGCAGAGGUUGAGGAGGUGGAUGAAGCGUCGCUGUGGAAGGUGGUGAAGUCGCGACUGGGAGAAGGGGGGUCAGCAGCCUCGUCGACGCUGCCACUCAAGAAGGACGAUGGGACGUACGCAACGUCGCCCAUCGACAAGCUCGCCCUCCUUCAGCCCGUCCUGCUGCUGGUUGUCAAACUGCGCUUUGUCGAGGCGCAAUCUGCGGACAAGGGGAAUGGGAGGACUGUCAGCGGGCUGCAAGUAGGUCGCGAGUUUAUUGUGCCUCCCGCUACAAGUCCAGCAGACGACUGCCACGCGAUCCGCCUGGCCAGCCCUCAAAGCCCGCCUCGUCCCGCUUCUUGCCGCCUCGCUCCGCCUUGGUCAUCUCCUGACAAUUUGGGCGACGCGACCGGCAUCGUCUUGAAGAAACCGAAGAAGGAGGACUACUCGCUCACCAAGUCGUACCGGUUGAUCUGCUUCGAGCGAUGCGUCAGCAAGCUCCUCGAGUCGAUUGUGGCAAGGCGAAUCACACACCUCGCGGACUCGCUCAAGCUCGUCCCGCCGACCCACUUCGGCGCCCGACCCGGCCGAUUCGCUGAGGACGCAGUAGUCUGUUUCGUGGACGAGAUCAAACGUCAGUGGCGGAACGGAAACGUUGUGCUUGGAAUUGCCCUCGACGUUGCGAAGGCAUACCCGUCAGUUCGGACGGACGUCCUCGUGCGGGACAUGGAGGAGAAGGGCUUACCACGCUCACUCCUCCGCUGA